AUGGACGACGCACCGUAUAUGAUCAACACUCAGGCUUCCCUAGAUGACCUCAAUGAGAAAUUGGACAGCAAGGUAACGAUAGAGCAAUUUCGGCCUGUUAUUGUGGUGGACAAAUGUGAAGCCUUCGACGAAGAUAGAUGGCAUUCUAUUCAAAUAGGAGAUGUGGCGCUGCAAUGCACAAAACCAUGUGAACGGUGA